AAUAUUCUUACGAUAGUAGAUAGAAAUUUAUAUUAUAUCUUAUCAGUAGUGUUCCUAUUUUCCUAAUCUAUGGUUUUAUUAUUACGAAGUAAAAGAGAAAGCAUAAAAUAUAUUUUGUUAAAUUACUAGUUAGCUUUUAUAUUUAUACGUUACUAGACCGGUAGAAAAUCAGUCUAAACAUUUAUUUAAACCAUUGAUUGUGUUAUUUUAUCAAAAAUGAACGAUGUACUUAAACCUGAAAUAAUUUGGAUCGAAGGUAGAUGUUACAGAUUAAAUGAUCCCAUAACAAAUGUUUCUGCAUUUCAAGAACAAGAUUUAUAUGAAACAGAAGUACCAUACAAUGCAAAUGAAGAUGAUAAUGAUGAAGAUGAAGACAACAUCGAAAUAAAAAAGGUUGAUGACAGUAGAUAUUGCACAAGUUUCCAUGUAUCAAAACACUAUCUUGGAUCAAUUAUUGGUAAGAAAGGUGCUACUGUGAGUAGAAUCGGGCGAGACACAAAAACUGAUAUUAAAAUACCUAAACAGGGAGAAAAUAAAGAUAUCACUAUAUACGGAGUAAAUGAAUCUAGUAUAAAAGCAGCUAGAAGAAGGAUAAACAUAAUUGUCAUGUCGUCACGAAUGAAACAAACUGCAACACACUUCAUAUCAAUACCUAUGAAUUUUCCUAAUAUUAUAAAACAAUUUGAAAAUUUUAAGGCAAGUGUUCUUCGUGAAUUUUCAGAUUGUGGCUUAGAAGAAUCAUUAUUUAUCCGAGCAGAGAAGCUACAUAUAACAGUUGGCGUUAUGUGCUUAAUGGAUAAUGAGGAACGACUGACAGCCUCAAAGUUACUUACUGAAGCCCGAGACAAAUACAUUGUGCCACUGCUUCAGAAUUAUCUGCCACUCAAAAUAAGAUUAAAAGGACUAUCAUACAUGAAUGACGACCCCAAAGAGAUUCAUGUUUUGUACGGUUGUGUAGAAGAGGUCAAUGCACCUUCAGGAUUAUUACAACAAGUUGUUGAUGCAAUAGUGACACACUAUUAUAAAGCAGGUUUUAUGGAUAAAGAAUAUGGACGUGAUAAUGUAAAAAUGCACGUCACACUAUUGAAUUCGAAGUACAGAGGGAGAACGAAAAACGUUGAUGAGGAUACAAACGUUAGAAACAAGAAAAGGGAAACUUUUGACGGUUCACAGAUCCUAUCAAAGUUUUCCGAUUACGAUUUUGGCACAAUAGAACUAAAUGACAUACAUUUAUCUCAGCGGAAAUCUAUGGGACCAGAUGGAUAUUAUCAAUCGACUUGUAUUAUUUCUUGUAAUAAAAAAUAAACUAUUAUAUUUUUUUGUUAAUUUACUGUAAAUUAAUUCAUUUCACCGUUUCUUCCGAUAAUAUUUAUGGCUGUUGUUUUAUAUGAUAGAUGAUUUAUUAAAAUCACAUUUAGUAGUUGUAAAUUUGAUUAUAAAUAAUUUUUACUCUUUA